UCCGACCCGCACUCUCUCCUCCUGCCCCUGACACGAAGAUGGUACCGUGCACAGAGCUUCCUACACGUGAACCGAAGGCGUCACUCACCAACUCGCUGCGGGACUUUUGAAAUCCACCAUGCCGUGCUACGCCAGGAUUCUCUUCAUAGUUGUAUGUCUGAUCCUGCUCGGGGAGUGCAGGAAACACAGGAGUCGGAGAAAGCGCUGGUCCGCGCCGGCGGAGAAUCACAAGCCCGGCACUCCCUUGUCCAAGAAGGUUGCUGACGGAACCAAAUCCCGAAAGCUGAAGACCAGCCAUCUCCUGCGCAUAGACGAACAUGACUUCACCAUGAGGCCGGCAUUUGCAGGUCCAGCUGUCCCUGUUGGAGUGGAUGUCCAGGUGGAGAGCUUGGACAGCAUAUCAGAGGUGGACAUGGACUUCACCAUGACCCUGUAUCUGAGGCACUACUGGAAGGACGAGAGGCUGGCCUUCCCCAGCACCACCAACAAGAGCAUGACCUUUGACGGGCGCCUGGUGAAGAAGAUCUGGGUGCCUGAUGUGUUCUUCGUCCACUCCAAGAGGUCCUUCAUCCACGACACCACCACUGACAACAUCAUGCUGCGGGUGUUCCCUGACGGUCACGUCCUGUACAGCCUGAGGGUAACAGUGACUGCUGCGUGCAACAUGGAUUUCAGUCGCUUCCCCUUGGACUCGCAGACAUGCACGCUGGAGCUGGAGAGCUAUGCUUACACAGAUGAAGACCUGAUGCUGUACUGGAAAAGCGGCGAUGAGUCUCUGAGCACCGACGACAGGAUCUCUCUGUCUCAGUUCCUCAUCCAGAAGUUCCACACGACUUCCAGACUGGCUUUCUACAGCAGCACAGGCUGGUACAACCGUCUGUACAUCAACUUCACCCUGCGCCGCCACAUCUUCUUCUUCCUGCUGCAGACCUACUUCCCUGCCACUCUGAUGGUCAUGCUGUCCUGGGUGUCCUUCUGGAUCGACCGUAGGGCUGUCCCUGCCAGGGUCUCAUUAGGUAUAACCACGGUGCUCACCAUGUCCACCAUCAUCACUGGAGUCAACGCCUCCAUGCCCAGGGUGUCCUACAUCAAAGCUGUGGACAUUUACCUCUGGGUCAGUUUCGUCUUCGUCUUCCUGUCAGUGCUUGAAUACGCUGCUGUCAACUACCUUACGACGGUGAGGGACGGGAAAGACCGUAAGCUCAGAGAAAAAGCCAGGGAACAGUCUCAGAACCUCCCCUGCACCUGUGGCAUGUCCCACGGCAGGACCAUGAUGCUGGACGGAACUUACAGCGAGGCGGACGCCAACAGCCUGGCAGGGUACACACGGGGCUCCAUGGCGCCUGAUGAUGCGUCGGAAAAACCAGAGCGAAUAGUGGUGCAUCUCUCACUGGACAACGAGCCCACAGAGACCAAGAAGAAGAAGGGCUUCCGGAUUAUUCAGAACACCCACGCCAUCGAUACCUACUCUCGCAUGAUCUUCCCCGGCGCAUACAUCCUAUUUAACCUGAUCUACUGGUGUGUGUACUGCUGAAUGUCUGCAUUUAACCCUAAACUGACGCAGUGAAAGAAACCACUCCGAAUGCUAGCGUUGACUUUAGAAGACAGAUUCAGUUGUUUCCAUUCUGCGUGUUCAGAUGGAUGAACUAGUUUGGCAGUGAGGCUUGAGAAUAUCAGAGACUUCUGGGUGUGAAUAUCUCCAACUCUUAGAUCAACGCUGACCUGGCCCAACUCAUUUUUACACCAAUUAUACCUUGUGGGGCUGGUUGCACAAGUUGCCACCUUAACCAGUCUAAUGAAAGUUUUACGAAAAUAAAUCAAUGCAAAUGUUGCAUUACUUUUUGCCGUGGUUAUGAUUAUGGUAAAGUACUUCAAAAUAAAUAAGAAAUCGUUGUUAGUUGUUAAACAGAAAAACGUCAGCAGGACUGUAAAACCGUGCAAUGUGAACUGUACAUCACAUCAUGUGGAUUUAAGCAGGAAAGUCUGCUUCAAUUUAUUAUGGUUUCUAUUGAUCUUUAGAGCUCCAUCUAUCCAUCCAUCUUCUCCCGCUUAUCCGUCAGGGUCGCGGAGGUAACAGCUCCAGCAGAGAGCCCCAAACUUCUCUUUCCCUGGCCACAUCAACCAGUUCUGAUUGGGGAAUUCUAAGGCGCUCCCAGGCCAGCGAAGAGAUAUAAUCCCUUAGCCCACCAAACUUCAGACCCCCUCCCCCACGACUACACCUCAAAAUCCUGUCCAUGAAUAUCACAAACAAGAUUGGUGACAAAGCGCAGCCCUGGCAGAGGCCAACCCUCACCACAAAUCGGUCCGACGUGCUACCGAGGACCCAGACACAGCUCUCGCUUUGGGAGUACAGAGAUUGGAUGGCCCUGAGUAGAGACCCCCUCCCCCCAUACUCCCGCAGUAUCUCCCUGUGAACCCGGUCAUACGCCUUAUCCAAAUAUACAAAACACAUGUACACCGGAUGAGCAUACUCCCAGGCCCCCUCCAGGAACCUUGCGAGACUAAAAAGCUGGUCUGUCGUUCCACAACCAGGACGAAAUCCGCAUUGUUCCUCUUCAAACUGAGGUUCGACAAUCGACUGGACCCUCCUUUCCAGCACCUUAGAGUAAACUUUCCUGGGGAGGCUGAGUAAUGUGAUGCCUCUGUAAUUGGCACACACCCUCUGAUCCCCCUUUUUAAAAAGAGGAACCACCACCCCGGUCUGCCACUCCUUCGGUACUGUUUCCGACUUCCACGCAAUGUUGAUGAGACGUGUCAACACCAAGAGCCUUCAGCAUUUCUGGGCGGAUCUCAUCCACCCCGGGGCUUUGCCACUGUGGAGCUGUUUAACUACCACAGUGACUUCCCCCCGUGAAAUCGGAGUUGAUCACCCUUCAUACUCCAGCUCCGCCUCUAACAUAGAGGGCGGAGUUGUCGGGUUCAGGAGUUCCUCAAAGUGCUCCUUCCACCGCCCUAACACCCUAUCAGUUGAGUUCAACAGCGUCCCAUCCUUACUGUACACAGCUUGGAUGGUUCCCUGCUUCCCCCUCCUGAGGUGUCGGACGGUUUUCCAGAACAACUUUGGUGCCGACUGAAAGUCCUUCUCCAUGGCUUCUCCGAACUUCGCCCACACCCGCUGCUUUGCCUCGGCCACGGCUGAGGAUGCUGCCCUUCGGGCCUGUCGAUACCUUGCAACUGCGUCAGGAGUACCCACGUACACUUAUGAGCAUCCUUAUGUUCGAACAUGGUGUUUGUUAUGGCCAAUCCAUGACUAGCACAGAAGUCCAGUAACAAACCACCACUCCAGUUCAGAUCGUGGGGGCCGCUCCUCCCAAUCACGCCCCUCCAAGUGUCUCCAUCAUUGCCCACGUGUGCGUUGAAGUCUCCCAGCAAGACUAAGGAGUCCCCUUUGGGAGCCCCAUACAGGACUCUUUUCAGGGUCUCCAAGAAGGCCGAAUACUCUGAACUGCUGUUUGGUGCAUAAGCACACACAACAGUCAAGAGUUUUCCCCCCCCAUGACCCGCAGGUGUAGGGAGGCGACCCUCUCGUCCACUGGUGUAAACUCCAACACAGCGGCACUCAACCGGGGGCUUGUGAGUAUCCCCACACCCGCUCGGCGCCUCACACCUUGGGCAACUCCGGAGAAGUAUAGAGUCCAACCCCUAUCAAGAAGUAAGGUUCCAGAGCCGACGCUGUGUGGAGAGGUGAGCCCCACCAGAUCCAACUGGUAAUGCUCCACCUCCCGUGGGCUGCUUUAGAGCUGCCCAUCAAAUAUCAUGAUGUUUUAAACAAGCUGAUUUAAGGGAUGUUAUUUCUGUACAGCUGCGUACAUAGCACCCUCUUGGGCUACCAUUUCCGGCUGCCUUUAUGUCACUGGUCAUGAUUUUAUAUAUUUGAGGUCCUUAUUCUUAAUCUGGCAACAGAAGUCAGGGUGAGUAAUUGUUCCUUCAAUGGGGGGAAAAUAUCUGGUAUGAUAAAGUCACCAGAUCUAUGUAUUUCAUUUGUUAAAUACAUUGGAGAAUUGUUUGAUAAGUAAAGGUCUAGGACAAGGCUAAAGAUGAACUUUAAAGCAAGCUUAAAAGCACAAACAAGCACAUUUUGUCAUCCUAUAAACAUUGUCCAAUUUGAUUUGUACACCCACAGCAGGUCCUGAGCAAUAUUAGCAAAUAUGUGUUUGUAGGCCAACAAAAACUAUAGUAAAGCGCCAAAAUCUCUGGUCAAGUCUCCAUUGACUCCUGAGAAAACUUGCUGUGUUUUGAAAUGUCAUGUGUCGGUGGGAAUAAAGGCCAUUCGCACCGACCGUUGAGAUUAUUAGGAGAGAUUUGCACAACUGAAGAAUUUUUGAAGUUAGACUGUUUGAUCUGAGCCAGUCAAAUCUUUGUAGAACCAGCCCCCGUCCAGACUUCAAAUACCACUCUCCUAUCUGAAGAUGUUCAUGAUGAAACUGUCAAAAAUAAUAAGAGCAGAUAAUUUGUCUGCUUUGCCUCUGUAACCUCUGGAUCUGACUGAGUCACACCACUAAAUGUGACGAGAGCAGAUGGCUAAUGAGGCAGUGAGUGAGCUAAAUACCACGCUCCUACUACAGUGAUCACAUUUCAAUGAAAGUGACAGUAAUGCGACUGCACUGUGUGAAACAUGGACUACUGUUGGCAUUUCCAGACUGAACAAUCCCAUAAAGCCAGGACUUCGCAGGAUGUUGCUACAGCAGGAGUUUUAAAGCACCACACAACUGUUGCUGAGAAUCUUAUGUAUUUAUGCAUUUACAGCUUGUUGGUCUGCUUGUUUUCUUUAAUUUGAUAUUUAUUUAUUUAUUUAUUUAAGUCAGUGCAGCAUUAGAUCCAUGUGCUAUUAUACCUGAAGUUUGCAAAGAUGCAGGAAUCAGGGUUUGCAUGCAUGCUACAGAUGUGGAAAACCGUAUGUAUAUUUCUUCGGAAUGACUUAAAAAAAAAAACAGGGAAAGCUUUAACAGUGAUGUAACCAACUUGAAGCGCCUUAAAUUAACAUUUUUUAUACAUCAACAUGGUUUAAUGGCUGUAAUCUUGUUUUUUUAAUGUGUUUGUUUGAGUACUUGCAUAGUUGAGACUGCAUAUUGACUGCAUACUUAUUUUGGGGUUUAAUCAUGUGGGGAAAUAGUAAGCUUGAAGCUAUUGCUAGGCUAGCAAUGCAGUGAUGUUCUGCAAUUUCAGUAUUUCAAAGGCAGAUUUUACCUUCAAAAAUAUCACUUUCUUAAAGAUAUGGUUCGACAUGUUGGGAGUUUUCACUUUACUGAGAGUUAGAUGAGAAGAUGUGUUUUAAACUCAUAUCAUUAGCUUAGCUUAGCAUAAAGGCUAGAAGCCAUCAACAACUCUAAAGCGCAUUACUUACCAUGUUUGAUCUUAUUGUAUUUCUAUCAAACAGAGAUGUAGGAAGAAACUUAGGAAAAGACAAACGUUAUUUAGCUUGAUAUUGUGUUAAUAUGCCACUGCUGUUUGAUAUGGAGGUAACUUAGAUAUUUUUUACCCAUUUCAAUGAGUCAGGAGCAUGCAGACAUAAGGGAGGACAGCACCAGACCUUUUGGAUUAAACUAACACAUGUGAGGUGAUUCACAGGCGGGAACCAGGAUAGGUUUCUCCCAGUCUUUAUGCUAAACUAAUUUAAUCACCUCUAAGCUCUAGCUCCACAGUUCUUCCACAGAUUCGGUGGCAUUGAUCUUUCAUCUAGCUCUCGGUCAGAAGUGAAAAGUCACAUUGGGCGAAAUGUCUAAACAAAGUUGUCGACCCGAUUCAUUUUCAGUAACUAUCAUUCUAUUUGCUUAAUGGCAGCAACCAUUCGCCACAGCUAUUGUGAUUUUUAUAUCUUUAUUUUAAUGGUGCAUAUCAUUUUGGAAUGAAACUCUCAUAACAGCAUAUUACUUGAUUUCUCCAUGCAAAACCAAAAAAAGAAAGACGAGCACGCCUGCACAUCCGUUAGCUUCCAAACCAACAUCACUUCUAUCUUUAUUUUCAGA